AUCACACACUGGCAGAGAGAAACUAAGAAAAGCAAAUAAUGGUAGAGUAACUCUGGUGUUUUUGUUUUUUAAUAUAUAUAUAUAUAAAAUCUCCAAAUAAGAGUGGUAGUUAAAUGGACAGAAAGAGAUUAAGAAGACACAUUAAAGGAAAUCAGUAGCAGAGAAAACAUCUUUCUUUCUCUCAACACAUACAACAAAGACACAAACUACUCAUUCAACUACCAGGAUACUUGCCCUGUCAAAAGAAGCUAACGGGGGAAAAGGGGACCUCUUUCCAGAAUACAAACUUGCCACAUCAGCAUGGACCUUGACGAUGCCCAUUGACCUCCCCUUCCAUUUGUCAUGGAGCCUAACCUGAAUGACCUCAGUAACCCCUACAAACCUGACCCGUACGAUGACGACCCCCCAGAUCUGGAGUGUGCCAUCUGUUUUGAUCAGUUCAACAAUGUCUUCAACACUCCCAAGAUACUCAAAUGCAAGCACACCUUCUGUCUGGAGUGUCUCGCCCGAAUGAACGUGAAGUCCACCCAACCUGACACCAUCCAGUGCCCGCUGUGCCGAGCGUAUACCCCAUUACCCGUCCUGGGCCUUCCCAAACUCGCAAAUAACUCCACGGUGCUGUCUUACCUCCCAAAUUCGAUGCAGCAGGUGUACAGCAUCCGCUUUAACCGAAAUAAAGGCAAACUGCAGGUUAAGAGAGUGCCUAGUUCCGCACCGGCCAUAACACAGACCAUCAGCCAAAGCCUAGAUGUUGGGACCCCAGGAAACGAAGAUGGACCGCAGGGCAUGGGCAGAGACAAUGGUAGAGAAAGUUCUUUAUUAGCCACGGUACUGCGGAUGCCCUUGUGCAGAGCUUUCAUCAUGUGCUCAGUGUCAAUUCUGACAAUCAGUCUCACCAUUGUCAUUAUCACCAUGCAACAGGAUCACAAAGGAUAAAAUUUACAACCAAUGUCUAUGGACUAAUGAGGUCUAUAAUACCUGGAGAAAGUUAUUCAUUAGUAAUACCAUUCAUCUCAAUAGCAGUUGUUCAUCUAGCGCAGGAACCCCUGGAUGUACGUGUAUGCUUAUGGGUGCUCAGUUCUGCAACCACGUUUAUUUUUAGCCAAUCACUUGAGCAGUAAAUGCUAUGUGACUAAUGGUGCAUUCAAGUCAUGUCGGAAUGAUUGUAUUUACGAGCUGAGCACACAUGAACCCUACCACAAUGUUGUAAUUACCAGUGGGAAACUCUUUUUUUUUAACCCAAACUUUCUGAGUGGAGGGCAUGUUAAUUGUAUGCAUUUUUGUACUGUUAAUAAAGAAUAGUGAUAACGUUUGCUAGAAAAUAAGAAUAAUUUAGCUGGCUUAUGAGGUGACAGGCAUGUGCCACAAAACUAAAUUUCUUUUCAUUAUAUGUGCUGGCAAAAGAAUGAUAAAAAAGAUAACAGAUCAAUUGCACACCU